AUGUCCGACACGGCUGCGGGCUGGGCAUACGGCGCCUAUGGUGUGAUGAGCACGUUUUUCGGCCUGAUGUGCGGCUGGUUUAUUGACUACAUGGGCGUCAGGGCGAGCUUGCUUGUGGGCGCGCUCGUCGGCGCCUUUUCCAGGUUUGUUAUGGCGCUUGCCGUGUCGAAGGGCACAGCACUGUUUAUGCUGUAUACGUUACUGCCGUUUGCAGAGUGCUUGGGCAUUCCCAUUAUGACCAUUGGCAUUAAGAGAUAUACCAAUGCACGGAAUCGCACCUUUGCGUUUUCGCUCUUCUAUUCCAUGAUGAACGUGGCCGCCCUGUGCGCGGGGCCUCUGGUGGACUUGUCGCGCUCGACGUUUGGAGAUGGCUUUACCGUUCACAUUGACCCGCUCGGCCUUGACGUCAGGUUUACGGGGUUGCGUCUGAUUAUUUUGACGAGCUCCGUUGCUACGGCCGCCAUGUGCAUCAUCGUUGCUAUCGGCAUCAGGGAAAUUCAGGUCGAUGAGUCUGGCAGCAUACGAGAGUUCAUUCCCAACAGGGAGAGUCCCAUGCAACAAACGAUGACUGUUCUUCGGGAGCCGGCAUUCUGGCGCCUCACAGUGUUCACCCUAUUGCUAGUUGGCGUUCGUCUUGUUUUCCGACACAUUGAUGCCACCAUGCCGAAGUACAUGGUUCGCCAGUUUGGUCCGUCGGCCCCUUUCGGCCUCAUUUAUGCAAUCAACCCCUUCCUCAUCAUCUUUCUCGUUCCCAUAGUUGGCCUCGUGGCAAGGAAAAUAGACUCGUUCUCUAUGAUACUCGCAGGCAGUUUUGUCUCAGCUGUCAGUCCGUUUUGGCUAUGCUUCAAGCAAACAUACUUCAGCAUGGUUCUGUUUAUGGUCACCUUAAGUAUCGGGGAAGCCGUGUAUUCACCAAGAGUGUACGAUUACACAAUGGCAGUGAGCGCCGAAGGUGCAGAAGGCUUAUACUCAAGCUUGUCUUCGGCCCCGUUAUUUUCCGUCAAGUUGGUUGUCGGUGGAAUGUCAGGUUGGUUGCUCACCUCCUUCAUGCCCGCUGACGGUCCCCAUCACGGCAACAUUCUCUGGGGCAUAAUCGGCCUUACCAGUUUGACAUCCCCGAUUUUGAUGUUUCUGUUGCGUGAUUACAUCUCACCACCAUCAGAGCAGGGAAAUAGGCCACACUCAGAUGCUGAGAAUGCGAGCGACCACCUUAAGUCAGAUCGACAAGAAGACCGGACUGACGCGAUACGCUCUCUUAAAAUGGAAUCCACUCCUGUACACAUUGAUGAAGAUGAGGACGAGGACGAGGAUGAAGGCGACCAGGGCUAUGAUAACGAUUACGAGAAUUUCAGCAACAGCGCAUCUGCCUCGUCUCUGCCCCAAGAAAGACAAGCAUUUCUUUCCUCUAAUCCCCAGCAAUAUACAAUGCCCUCUACUCAUGACUUGAAAGAAGUUGAUAUAACCUCUGCCGUAUCCCCGGCACGUGAUUCAAAAGACUAG